AUGCCUGGUACCACCACCGUCAUGGCUGGCGGCUGGAGCGACGCGAGGUCACCAACUCCGCCCGAGGGCGUCAUCCGAGUCGAAACCAGCUUCACCGUCGAAGAAGUCUUCAUCGAACCUGAACCCGCCAACAACAAUUCCACCAGCGCCAUCUUCGGUGACUCGAGCAGCCACUACCAAGCCACUGUCUGGUCCGCGGCGUCGCAGGUCGCUCGAAAUCUCUUUGAGCCGCAAGUGAAUAAUGGACGAGGAAACAUCAACAUCGACCGUACAGCCACCAGCAAAUGGGUUGCAACUGCUCUGCUGUUGGCCUCUGUCAAUCUUCUCACCAUGGUCACCGAGAGCAUGAUGCCGGUCAUGAUCCCAAACAUCAUCUAUGACCUCAACGUCCAAGGAUUUCAGUGGCUCAUCGCUGGUCCAGCCAUCGGAGCGGCAGCCACGGCACUCAUUGCAGGCCACCUCUAUGUCGUCGUCCCGUUCAAGCACAUUUACACCGUCUUCGCCUUCAUUGUCUUGAUCGCCACCGUCUCACCUGGUUUUGCCCCGAACAUGGCCUUCCUCUUCUACACCCGAAUUCUCCUCGGCGUGGGUCUGGCAGGUCAACACUUUGGCAUGCUGGUCUUUUUGGAACACAAGGGCAGUUUCGCAGACAAGAUCCGACGUGAUUUCUUCCUCACCCUCAGUUCCACACUCGGUCUGAUCGUCGGUCCCAUCUUCGGCUCCAUCUUUGCUCAUCGCAACAAGAACUGGUCCUGGGGUUUCUACACCGCCUUCCUGCUUCUCGCCCUGGCCUUGGUCUUCCUCUUCUACCUGCUUCCCACAGAGGUUGAAAUUGCGGCAAACGCACCCUGGGCUUGUGGUCCGGUCUUCAACUGGAGCCAUCGCAUCAACUGCAUCGACACCCUCGGCGGCCUGCUCUGCUUCUUCGGCAUCAUCACACUGUUGGUCACAUUCAACUUCGCUGGCAUCUUGAUUUCAUGGACAAGCGGAUACCUUUACAUCUCCCUAGUCAUUGGCGUCGUCCUGGUCGUGCUGCUUAUCCUUCAGCAAGCAUACCGAAUUCUCAACUCACCAUCGACUCGUCUGUUCCCUGUCGAGUACUUGUCAAACUUCAAGACCAUGGCUCUGUUCGUUCUCAUUUUCCUCACUGCUGCCAUUUUCCAGACCGGCUUCUCUUACACCACGCUCUAUCAACUGCUCACGCGUCCUCAGCCCUCAGCAGUCAAGACGGCAUUUUACCUCUUCUUCACCAUGACGGGCCCAUACUUGAUCCCAGUCUUGAUGAUGCCAGUGUACCUCGGCGGCGGCUUGAUCAUGCGCUACCCAAUGAUCCCAAGCUACAGUUUCUGGAGCCUCAUCUCAUCGGUCUUCCUUCUCCUCGGCACCGCCCUGCUCUUCAUCAACAUGCCAUCUGUGUUGCCCAGCUCAGAGGGCCUGCCGACAAUCGCCAAAGAGCUCGGUCUUGCUUGCAUCGGUUCCUGGUCUACAAUCACCUUGUCAAUGGGCCACCAGCUCAUGGACUUGCUCCAGUCGCCACUGGCGCGCGGCAGCCAGGAUGCCCGCCAGAAACACCCGCUGCACAACCGUGCGUUCGUCUUGUUCGCGACGUACCUCGGCGCGGCCGUCUCCCUGUCAAUCGCCGGCAACAUUUUCAUGCACGUCGGGCUCCAGGCCCAGUUGGCGUUGCUGGAACAAGCCAACGAAGCCGGCUACCCGGCCAACGUCGACAACGCGCUGGUGCUGCUCCUGGGCUACACCUUUAUCGACAGCAAGGUGGCACCGGCGCUCUUCGGGGCGUCGAUCGCCGCCUUGGAGAACGCGUUCGGCUGGUCUUUUGUCGGGGUUGUCGGUUUCGCCGUCGCCGCCUGCGCGGUCAGCAGCUGUCUCUUGGUCGCGAAGGCGGCCAACGGCGAGCUGACCUGCCACAUGCGUGCCCGCCGCGCCCAGAUUCCCGAGGACUGGCGCGCUGGCAUGGGCACGCGUGGUGGCCAGCGCGACAUCGAGCUGGAGGACCGCGUGAGCGGCACCACGCUCUGA